GCGGCUGUGGGCGCAGAGGACUCUGGUCUUGCAGCAGACGUCGCUUCUUACUGGAGUGUAAGGCAAUAGGGGACCCCGGCCCCGGACUGAUCGGAGACCCUCAACCCGGGAAUCCUAUCACGGGAGAAGGGCUUCCGCAGCACGCUCCGCCGCAGGGGGGCGCCCCUGGCUGGCCGCUGCUUGGCCAGUGGUCCCAGCCACAGGGCGCGUCGCCUUCAAGAAGAUGUCGCUGUCCGGCGGGGAGCGUCCUGCUUGGCCAGGGAGUCGCCUAUCCUGGUUGCUAUGCUGCAGCGCCCUGUUGUCCCCAGCCGCGGGCUACGUGAUUGUGAGCUCGGUGUCCUGGGCUGUCACCAACGAGGUAGACGAGGAGCUGGACAGCGCAUCCACCGAGGAGGCGCUGCCCGCGUUGCUGGAGGACUCGAGUAGCAUCUGGCAGCAGAGCUUCCCGGCCUCGGCACACAAGGAAGACACGCACCUGCGACCUCGGGGCUCCGCCCGCGCCAGGCCCGCACCGGCCGCGCGUGGCAUGUUCUCCUACCGGCGGGAGAGCGGCUCAUCUGAGGCAUCCUCCGGUCCCAGGGUGCAUGCCGGCACCGCCCGCUCCCUAGCCCACGCUAGCUCCUGGGGCUGUCUGGCCAUGGUGUCCACCCACGAAAAGAUCCAAGGACUGCCCUUUGGGAGCUGCCUGGCCAUCAGUGAUGGCCCCGUCCAGAACAGCACAGGAAUCCCCUUCUUCUACAUGACAGCCAAGGACCCCGNGGUGGCCGACCUGGUGAAGAACCCCACAGCCUCGCUGAUGCUGCCGGAGUCUGAGGGAGAGUUUUGCAGGUAG